AUGGCGCUUGCAGCGGUUUGUUCGACGAGUGCAGCAGGGACAGCAGCAGAUGUGCAGCGGGGACGUGAGGUGCAGCGGGGACAUGAGGUGCCGCGGGAGUCGCGCGGGGAGUCGGCGGGAGAUGUGCUGGGCGACGACAUGCUGCUCGAGGAGCUCUCCAGGCGCUUCCAGGGGGUGCUGCCGAUUCAGCCGGGGCCCACGCUACUGGCCUCGGACCAGACGCCGUGCACGCUGAAGAGCACGCUGCUCGGCGGUCAUCUGAUCUACUGCUUCCCGGUGGGCGGCGAGUGCCGGCUAUGCUUCCCGCAGAUCAUCAGCGUGGUGCUCGGUGGCGUGGCCAGCGUGACCGACGUGAACAGUCUCUUCACGGAGCUCAACAUCCACAUAUCGGUGGCGAGCCGCCAGCAGCUGGACAUCCUGAAGAUGGCAGGCGUGAUGCCGUUGAGUGCGGAUAGCUGUGGUCUGGUGACCAAAAGUGACGCGGAACGGCUGGUGGCCAAGUUACUGCCGCAGACAAGCGGGCCAUUGCGCAACGGGAUGUCGCGGGAAGGUGCGGUAACGGUGUUUCACGAGUGUUUCGGCGGGUGCAGCGGGCUGUUGCUGCCGGCGCUGAGCCCGGGUGAGUGCAUCGAGUGCGAGCAGUGCAAGUGCGUGUUCAGUGGCGAGAAGUUCGUCUCGCACUCGCACUCCACGAACGAGGUGCGCGGGGUGUGCCACUGGGGCUUCGACUCAUCCAACUGGCGCUGCUACCUGCACUUGGACGAAGCGCACGAGCUGGACCCUGUCGCUUCGCGAGCUCUGGAACUACUCAAAUGCCCGGAGGUGCGUCUCGGGAAACGAUCAGCCGACUGUACUCUCGACAAGGUACGUAACAUGCAUUUGCUGCCUCGCCCACUUCCUGCGAUGCGACCCUGUCUCCAAGCCAGGAGACUGCGGAUGGCGGGCAGAGUGUCUUGGCCAACUGAGUGA